CAAUUCAGAUCGUCCAAUUACAUCGUCCAGAACGAUUAUUUGAGACUCUUCCCCCAAUCAGGUACAAUCCUGAGGCGGUCCUUAGGCACAUUUGUUGUCAAGGGUGACGCAAGCGUUCAUUCAUUUUCACUGGAAGGAGAGAGAGCGAACGAGAGAGAGAGUGAGUCAACGGGACAACUUGCUGUAGUGGAGUAGACUUCACUUGUUUCAGAGCUUUUGAGAAAAUAAUUGCAGAAACACCGUGAAAAGAUUGAUCUGAAGGAUCUAGUGCUCUUCCACAUAUUCCAAGAGAGGAGACUUUGUGAUGGGGAAAGGAAACAGUAAGCUGGCACCAGAGGUUCUGGAUGACCUCACCAAGAGUACUGAGUUCAACGAGGCUGAGCUCAAGCAGUGGUACAAAGGCUUCCUCAAAGACUGUCCCUCUGGUAUACUGAACCUAGAGGAGUUCCAACAGCUAUAUGUCAAGUUCUUUCCGUACGGCGACGCGUCUAAGUUUGCCCAGCACGCCUUCCGGACCUUCGAUAAGAACGGGGACGGGACCAUCGACUUCCGGGAGUUUAUCUGCGCCCUGUCAAUCACCUCGAGGGGGAGCUUUGAGCAGAAACUCAACUGGGCCUUCAACAUGUAUGACUUAGACGGAGACGGCAAGAUCACACGCAUGGAGAUGCUGGAGAUCAUAGAGGCGAUCUACAAGAUGGUUGGCACUGUGAUAAUGAUGCGUAUGAACGAGGACGGGCUGACUCCCCAGCAGCGCGUGGAUAAGAUCUUCUCCAAGAUGGAUAAAGAUCACAACGAUGAGAUCACGCUGGAGGAGUUCAAAGAGGCAGCCAAGAGUGAUCCCUCCAUCGUCCUACUGCUACAGUGUGACAUGCAGAAAUAGA